UGUGUGUGUAUGUGUGUAUGUGUGUGUGUAUGUGUAUGUGUGUGUGUGUGUAUGUGUGUGUGUGUGUGUUUGUGUGUGUGUGUGUGUAUGUGUGUGUGUAUGUGUGUGUGUGUAUGCAUGUUGUGUAUGCAUGUGUGUGUGUGUGUUACAGAGUAAAUAAAGCUGAAACACAGGCCGGUCCUGAUGGCAGGCUCCCGGGGCUCAGCCAGCACUGGACACUGGCUUUAGGAGCCUCGAGACGUUCUCUUCAACCAGGAACAUUUCACAGCUCAAGUGCCCAUGAGGUCGUCGACGCCGGUCCUGCUCUUCCUGAUCAGCGUCCAGGCUGCACUCAACAAGGUGGGCAUCGCCCACACGCAGGAACCAGCCAAUCCGCACGCAGGAACCGGGGACACGACCUACGAUGACCUCAUUCCAACGGUUGACCCCAAACUGUUCAACAAACGUCGCUACCGAUCUCCUCGGGUGCUUUUCAGCGACGUGGUUCCCUCGGAUGGCCAGAAGACGCCGCACUCGGAACAUCGGAGUCCCCGGACGCGGAGAAAAGCCGGCGAGUUCAUGCACCGCGGCGAAUACUCGGUCUGUGACAGCGAAAACAAGUGGGUGGGAAACAUGACUCGUGCUACAGACUUAGCAGGAAAUGAGGUGAUGGUGCUGCCCGACGUUCGCAUCAACAACGUCGUGAAGAAGCAGCUGUUCUACGAAACCACGUGUCGCGUCACCAAAUCGAGCGGCCCCGUUCACCGCGGGGGGAGAGUGGGAUCAGCCGGUUGCCGAGGGAUCGAUAACAAACGUUGGAACUCGUACUGCACCAACACACACACGUACGUCCGAGCGCUAACGUCCUUCAAGAACCAGAUCGCCUGGAGGCUCAUCCGCAUUAACGCGGCCUGCGUGUGUGUGCUGAGCCGCAAGUCGUGGAAGCAUUGAAGCAUCGAUCCUGAAUCUCCUGCCCCGCCCAGUCAGUUAAACGUAUCGAGAGAGUGGAAAUGUGGACGUACUGGUGUGAUUCGAUUCAGUUUAUUACAUUCAGCAAAUGAAUCGAAUCAGUGAAGCAAUAACUCGAGAUUCAGUUCACUGGUUUGGAGAAAAGAGUCGAAUAAAGAAGCAUCGUGUCAUCAUUCAC